GGACUCGAAAUGUUUCUUAAACUUAAAAUGCAUUUGUGCCCCGUUAAAAAAAAAGUUAUUUAAAGUAUAAAACAUUGUAAUUUACAAUACACAGCGUGGUUUUUAAUCUAAUUUUAGGGGGUGGCAACCCUCAGAUGUGGGGAGGGUCCUGUCUCCUCCGACCCCCCAGGAUUUCCGCCUAUGGAUUUCACAAACUUGUGUGGUAUUAAAACAUUCUUGCGGAGAUUUGAGAGGCUAUAAACCUCACACGCGCUUCCACAGGGACAUAAACACACAUAAAGCCUCUGUAGCGCAGCGGACCUCAGUGAGAAACAUCUGACAAUGGCUUCGUACACGUUACCGGAGGGAUUCAGUGACUUUGACAUGUUCGCCUUCGGCUCCGCGCUGCUGGUGGGCGGUCUUCUUGGUUUCUUUCUUAACUUCAUCUCGAUCAUGGCGUUCCUCAGAAUCCGGGAGAUGCAGACGCCCAAUAACUUCUUCAUCUUUAACCUGGCUGUGGCCGACCUGAGCCUCAAUAUUAACGGUUUAGUGGCUGCUUACGCCAGUUACCUGAGAUACUGGCCGUUUGGGUCGGAGGGCUGCCAGAUUCAUGCUUUUCAGGGAAUGGUGUCGAUUCUCGCUGCCAUCAGUUUUCUGGCUGCCAUUGCUUGGGACAGAUAUCAUCAGUACUGUACUAAGCAGAAGAUGUUCUGGAGCACAUCUGUGACCAUCAGCACCAUCAUCUGGAUCCUGGCCGUGUUCUGGGCGGCUCUACCGCUGCCGGCCAUUGGAUGGGGCGUCUUUGACUUUGAGCCGAUGAAAACAUGCUGUACGCUCGACUACACACAAGGAGACCGGAGUUACAUCACCUACAUGCUGUCCAUCACUGUACUGUAUUUAGCAUUCCCUGUUAUGGUUUUGCAGUCCUCCUACAGUUCCAUCUAUGCAUAUUUCAAAAAGACGCACCACUUUAAGUUUAACACUGGUUUACCUCUGAAAGCACUGCUGUUCUGCUGGGGUCCGUAUGUUCUGAUGUGCACAUACGCCUGCUUCGAGAACGUUAACCUCAUUUCACCAAAGCUCAGAAUGGUCCUCCCAGUGCUGGCCAAGACGUCUCCGAUCUUCCACGCCGUCCUGUACGCGUUUGGGAACGAGUUCUACCGUACAGGAGUCUGGCAGUUCCUCACCGGAGAGAAAUCUGAAAACAAAAAGAAAUAGUGAAUGAGCUUCAGCCAUGUAAUGUUGUAUUCAGAUGACUCUGCAAGAGUUUACAUGUGAUAUGACUGUAAUUUUCUGUAUAUGUCAAAGCAGUGCCUUAAACAUUUGUCAAGAGUUUAAUUUAAUGGUUCACUGAAGACUGACACAUGAAGCCUUAUUUCAGUUUCCUGGUGUGUGAGAUACGACAUAAACAGUUAAUUCAGGACACAA